AUGCUUGCCCCCGCCCGGCCGGCUUCACUACGCUGGCUUUACAUUGCUGCUCAUCUUGCUCACCAGGUGGGAGUCGAGACGUGGGUAUUUCCAUUUCUUUCCUAUCUACUCCGUACUACAGCCCCGGCCGUAUCCCUCUUGGCCUGCCCUGUUCAUGAAACCUCUGAAGCGAUACAGGAGGAGCUGACAAGAAGCCCCCGGACCCAGACCGUCCCUGUAAAAGGUAGCUGCUGCGGAAGAAUCACUCAUAGCAGGCAUUAUCGUUGCUUCAUCAUCUCAGAUCCUCAUCCAGUCUCCGAAAUUCCAAAAUCCUCAAACCCCGAAUCCGCAGACCCCCUGCGCUGCUACCCAAAUUCCAUGUAG